CUGAAAAGCCUCCGUAUAAAAGCUGGGGUUAAGGUUUUCGUAGCCCUCUGAGGGCGUCAGCAGGGGGAGGGGUGGAUCUUCGCUUCAUCUAGGGUUAGGGUUUCAGUCGCUCUCCCUUCACCCCAGCGAAAAAUGACUAAGCGCACGAAGAAGGCAGGAAUUGUCGGGAAGUAUGGAACCCGAUAUGGUGCAAGUUUAAGGAAGCAGAUCAAGAAAAUGGAGGUCAGCCAACAUGCAAGGUACUUCUGUGAGUUUUGCGGAAAGUUUGCAGUAAAAAGGAAAGCUGUUGGUAUUUGGGGCUGCAAGGACUGUGGCAAAGUGAAAGCUGGUGGUGCCUACACAAUGAACACUGCUAGUGCAGUCACGGUUAGAAGCACCAUCAGGAGGCUGAGGGAGCAGACAGAGAGUUAAAUUUUUGCUCGGAUAUCGUCUGCUAGUUUUGGCUCUUAUCAAGUUUGUGAUUGAGCAGAGACGAAAUGCCAUUUCUGACAAUAUUUGUUUUUGCAACAUUUGAAUAUCGUGGAUUAGAUGCUCUACUAAAUAUUUUGUUGAAAACGUUUGUGUUGGUUUUUUCGCUAUACUGAGAUUGAUUGCCGGUUUGGAUGGUUGCAUAUUCUUUGCUCUUUCAA